GUUGAGAAAAACAAACCGUUACUCAAACCUCGUGUUUCAUUGACAUCAUCAACAUUCAGUGUCAAACUGGAACAGAACAACAAGCAAAAGGUUUCAGAGAGAGAGAGAGAGAGAGAGAGAGAGAGAGAGAGAGAGAGAGUUCAGUUCAGAUCCAAUCUUUGGUAGAUUGUGUUAUCCUAGGAUUCUCCGAAGAUGGUUGCUAGAACCCCAUCAAAGCAGAGGAAAAUGCUAGCUGCUCUCAACCCUGUUCUGAUUAGAGAAACACUUAACAAGGUGGAUCGGUGCAUGGCUCGGCUUCAGGAACUUCAGUACACUGUGGCUGGUGGAACCAAGGUGGUGUCAGGGGUUAGUCUCAGCCCUCGCAGCACCAGAGGUUAUCUGAGAACGAGUCUCAGAUGUAAGCAAGAGUCUGCAACCAGGGUCAAAGUUGGUGGUGCCUCAAGGAGAUCACCAGUGGGGAAGUUUCCUUUUCCAGCAAACACAGGAGAAUGGAAGAGAAUGUCAUUGCCUGCAAUGCUUGUAGGCGAAACUGUUGGAGAAAUUUUACAGGCAACUCAAUUUGCCAGAGAAAUUGUUUCAGCAGUUGGUAACAAAUUUGCCUCCGAGGACCCAAAAACUCCAAUGUCUCAAAGACCAAACCAGAAAGCAUCCCCUGAAAGCAACACACAACUCAAGGCUAGAAGGAAGAAAGAGAAGCAAACAAAAAAUGAUAGUCCCCCAUCACUUCAAAGGGCUCGUUCCAGGAUCAAUUUCAAGGUUUCUCCUCCAAAAGUUAGAGAACUUGAUUUGCAAAAUCACAGGUAUUUGGCAAAUAGGGUGUCUCCAAGGAAUAAACCAUGGGCUAGAAAAACUGUACUAUUCCCCAACCCUUUGUUCCUGUCCACAAACUCUUCUUCAUCACAGCCACAGCAGCAACAAUUUUGCAAGACAAGGUCACCUAUCAUAUCAAGGAAUAGAGGAACUCCACACAAGUUUUUGAUCAAGACUCCACCUUCAAAUUCCAAAUUCAAAGCCAAGAAGAACAAAAGCCCACCACCACAUGUGUCUCUUUCACCAACAAGACCUGCAGGCUUGAACAAGAGUUCCCCUACAAGAAAUAGAGGAACCCCACAUAAGUUUUUGAUCAAAUCUCCAACUUUAACCUCCAAAGUUCAAGCCCAGAUCAAAAGCCCACGGGCUCCGUCUAUUUCCCCCUCAAGGCCUGCAAGUUUCAGCAGGAGUUCCCCUACAAGAAUCAGAGGAACCCCACAUAAGUUUUUGAUCAAGUCUCCAACUUUAACCUCCAAAAUACAAGUCAGAAGCCCACGGGCUCUGUCCAUUUCACCCAUAAGACCUGCAAAUUUGGGUAGGAAUUCUCAGAAGAGAUCAGCUGCGUCUAAUUUCAGACGAUCAUUCUCUCCUUCAAGAAUAGCAAGCAGAUUGGCUUCACUUUCACCAUUGAAGAGGAAGAAAACUGUACAGAAAAGUGAUGGGUUGUUUGUGAGUGGACUGAAGCAGCGUCCAGCAUCAACAGUGCGAUUGAACACUGUCCGAAGAGUUUGAGUUGAACACAAGCUUCAGUUACUUGCUUGGUUUUAUUUCAUCACAAUGCCAAUUCUAUAUUGUCCAUAAGUAUGCUUUUCUGUUCCUAUUUUUUUUGUUGGGUGGUGAGAAUGUCCACAACAUUUUCCCCUCACAUUCAUGAAAAAUCAUAAGUUCAAUGUCAACUAUUCUUUGUUGAAUAUUCUUUGAUUUGUUA